GUAAAGUGUGAUUUAUAUACAUAUAGAUAAACAGAAAAUUAAACUGAUUGAAACAGGCGAGCUCUGCAAAAGAAAACUAGACUUCCCCAAGUCAGCAGUGGCGCGCCCUGCCAUGUAAACCCUAAAACCAAAGUAAGAGGAGAGACAUCUCGGAUGCCUAAUUCCCGUUCACUAAAGCUCAUGAUUCGACGCACCCACCACCCAUCUGCCUUCAUAAACAAACGAAUUUUAACAGAAAUUCGAGUGGGUUUGCACUUGCAUACAUAAGGUCACGCGCCGUAAGCUAUCUGAUUUGUCUGCUUUGCCUAUCUGCUUUUGGAGCCAUUUAACAAUGGAGACACUAUCAGUAGUUUGCAAAGCAGUAUCGGCAGCAGCACAAGUGGUGCAGGCUGGGUCCCAAGCAAAGACAGCAUUUUGGGGUUCACACUCGAGCGAACUCGUCCUCACGGACAAUGCAGAGGACAAUCCUCGUAUUAUUAAUGAUGCAGUUGGUGUGCUUCUUUCUCAUGUUAAGGAUAGUCAUAUGAUGGAGUCAUCUGAAGCUUGCGAGGAAUGGAUUAGCCAGGUGAAGGAUUUUGUGGCUGAAUAUAACAAAAUAAGCAAAGAGUCAUCUUUUUGGUCUCCUUCAAGUUUGGAUUCCAGAAAACAGAGAAGAAAAAUGUUUGACAAAGUAAAGGAACUUAUGCAAAAGAAAUAUGAAAUGAUGAUUGAUCCAUCACUAGAAAGUGUUGUGAAAAGCAGCAGGGCACCAGAUAUCAGCAGAUUUAGAACACUUCAAGAGCCACUAGAGCAGACACUGGUUUUGCUGGAAGAUGACAAGACUAAGGGGAUUUGUAUCCACGGGACAGUGGGGAUUGGGAAAACAACCAUACUGCGCAACUUGAAUAAACAUGAACAAGUUGCCACAAAUUUUCCCAUAGUCAUCUGGCUCAAAGUAUCAAAAGAGGAGAGCGAGGAAAAUUUCAGCAGGGAGCAUCUGCAACAGGAUAUUGUGCAAACACUGAAACUAAACAUCGCAGACCCCAGCAAGUUCUGCGAAGUUGCCAAAAAAAUAUCAGAGGAGUUGGAGUGCAAGAGGUACUUGCUGCUUUUAGAUGACGUCAAGGCCUAUCUUGAUUUAAGAGAGAUUGGGAUUCCUGAAAGCAACAAUCGCAGCAAGAUAGUAUUGACAACUAGGCAGCUGAAUGCUUGUACCAAAAUGGUGAACAGGGUGAUUCGGGUGAAAUGUUUAACUCGAGUUGAGGCAUGGCAGAUGUUUCAAGAUGUUUGGGGACAGACACAACUUAUUGGAGAUAAAAACACUAAGCAAGCUGCAAUGGAACUGUGCAAAGGUUGCGGUGGACUUCCACUCAUGAUAGAAAAAGUAGCAAAUACUUUCAAAUGGAAAGUCAAGGUAGCAAAUACUUUCAAAUGGAAAGUCAAGGAUGUCCUUGGGGUUGAUGGAUUGAAAAGUUGGAGGGGUUGGUUAAAAAUUGGAUGCGAAGGCAUUAGGGAAUUAUAUGAAUUGUUGAAGCAAUUUUGUUAUGAUAACUUGGAUGAUGACCAGUGUAAGAAUUGUUUUCUUUAUGGUGCAUUAUAUCCAGAAGACACAGACAUCAACAAAAAUGAUUUGUUAGAGUGUUGGGAAGCUAACAAUCUCCUUUUCAACGGAAAUAGCACAACAUAUGGGAAUUCAAUAUUGGAUUAUUUUCAUGCGUUGUCAAUACUUGAGGAAGGCAAGAGUAUGGAUCAUGUUAAAAUGGAUAAAUUCAUCCGACAAGUGGCUGUGUAUGUAACAGAAGAUUAUCCUGAACAUAGGCAUCUAGUGAAAGCUAGCAAAGCAUUAAAACAGCCACCAUAUGUGAAACUUUGGGGUGAGAUGAAUAGAAUCUCCUUGGGUGACAAUGAGUUGAAGCAGUUACCAGGUUCCCCUAAUUGUCCCAUGCUUUCUACACUCUUCCUGCAGAAGAAUUUGUGUCUGAAGGAAAUCGAUCCUUUGUUCUUUAAGAAUAUGAAAAAGCUUGGAGUUUUGGAUUUAUCUCAUACUGGACUCGAUUUGUUACCAUCAUCUAUAUCAAGUUUGGACAGUCUCAAAAUUCUAUAUCUAGUUGGUUGCAAAGGUUUGAGUAACCUCCCUUCUGACAUUGAUGGACUUAAGCAACUUGAAACGCUUGAUAUUCGGGGGAGUGCAUUCAAUGAUAUACCAGUUGAAAUUGUAAAGUUGAGUUGUCUGAGGAGCUUGCGGGUAUCCUUUAUUAAGUCUGGAAAUGAAAAUGCACAUUCAAUCUACGACAUAAUUUCAAAACUUCCUAAAUUGGAAGAAUUGAUUAUUGAUGUCAAUUCAGUUGAGGAGUUGCCCAAUGAGAUGGUAGAUAAUAUCAUAAAAGAAGUAGCAAAAUUGCAACAAUUUAAGAGUCUAAAGAUUUGUUUAUCCAAGAAGGUGGCAGUUGUCAUAGAGGUUGAAUGUAGUAGAUCUCUCAAUAUUUGUAGUCCUGAAACUGCGUUUGCUCUAUAUUUGACGGAAAAUAGUUCAUGGAGAGAUGCCAUCACUGCAUUUGAAUUUUACAUUGGUUGCCAAAACUCUGAAGUUUCUCAAUCUCCCAAAUUUUUGAAAUAUGAUAAGUAUAUCAAAUAUUGCAAUGGUGCAAGUCACAGUUUUCCAUUUCCUAAGGCCCUUGCUAAAGCAGAUGCAUUCGAAUUAGUCAAUCACCAGAACAUCAAGCAGCUAUCAGACUUUGGGAGUGCAAGCAUGAACGAGGUCCAGCACUUAUUUCUGAAAAACCUACCACAGCUGGAAAGCAUUUGGAAGGGCCCAGGCCUAACCAAAUUAAUGACUCUAGAUCUGAUUAGUUGUCAAAUGCUGGUCAAGAUUUUUCCUGCUGGCGUGAUUCAACAACUUCAUGAAAUCCAGUAUUUGAAAAUUGAUAAGUGCCAAGAAAUUGAAGAAAUAAUUGCAAAAUCUGACGCUGUUGGAAAUCUGAACGUACUGCCAAAGCUGAAGCAAUUGAUUCUCCUUGACAUGCCAAAAUUAAGAAGUGUCUGCGCUAUCCAAUCACUGAAGUGGGGAUCCUUGGAGAAGAUUGAGAUUUUAAAGUGUCCUAUGUUGCUUAAAUUGCCUUUCAACAAAGAUAACGCAGCAAAGCUAGAAACUAUUGAAGCAGAGCAGGAAUAA